CGUUGCGGAAGCCACCAGCAUGUCUGAAAAACUGCCCUACAAAGUCGCGGACAUUGGACUGGCUGCCUGGGGACGAAAGGCCCUGGACAUAGCCGAGAACGAGAUGCCCGGUUUGAUGCGCAUGCGGGAGAUGUACUCUGCGUCCAAGCCACUGAAGGGUGCCCGCAUCGCUGGCUGCCUGCACAUGACUGUGGAGACUGCAGUCCUCAUCAAGACUCUCGUGGCCCUGGGUGCUGAGGUGCGGUGGUCCAGCUGCAACAUCUUUUCCACUCAGGACCACGCAGCAGCUGCCAUUGCCAAGGCCGGCAUUCCAGUGUUUGCCUGGAAGGGUGAGACAGAUGAAGAGUACCUGUGGUGCAUUGAGCAGACGCUGCACUUCAAAGAUGGCCCCCUCAACAUGAUUCUGGACGAUGGAGGCGACCUCACCAACCUCAUCCACACCAAAUACCCACAGCUUCUGUCAGGCAUCAGAGGCAUCUCUGAGGAGACCACGACUGGGGUCCACAACCUCUACAAGAUGAUGGCCAAUGGGAUACUGAAGGGGCCUGCCAUCAAUGUCAAUAAUUCUGUCACCAAGAGCAAGUUUGACAACCUCUAUGGCUGCCGGGAGUCCCUCAUAGAUGGCAUCAAACGGGCCACAGAUGUGAUGAUUGCGGGCAAGGUGGCAGUGGUAGCAGGCUAUGGUGACGUGGGCAAGGGCUGUGCCCAGGCCCUGAGGGGUUUUGGGGCCCGAGUCAUCAUCACCGAGAUUGACCCCAUCAAUGCACUGCAAGCUGCCAUGGAGGGCUAUGAGGUGACCACCAUGGACGAGGCCUGUAAGGAGGGCAACAUCUUUGUCACCACCACAGGCUGUGUUGACAUCAUCCUUGGCCGGCACUUUGAGCAGAUGAAGGAUGAUGCCAUUGUGUCUAACAUUGGACACUUUGAUGUGGAGAUCGAUGUGAAGUGGCUCAAUGAGAAUGCUGUGGAGAAGGUGAACAUCAAGCCCCAGGUGGACCACUAUUGGCUGAAGAAUGGGCGCCGAAUCAUCCUGCUGGCUGAAGGCCGACUGAUCAACCUGGGGUGUGCCAUGGGCCAUCCCAGCUUCGUGAUGAGCAGCUCCUUCACAAACCAGGUGAUGGCACAGAUUGAGCUGUGGACCCACCCAGAUAAAUACCCCAUUGGGGUUCACUUCUUGCCUAAGAAGCUGGAUGAGGCAGUGGCCGAAGCCCACUUGGGCAAGCUGAAUGUGAAGCUGACCAAGCUGACUGAGAAGCAGGCCCAGUAUCUGGGCAUGCCCACUGAUGGCCCCUUCAAGCCUGAUCACUACUGUUACUGAGAGCCAGGACUGCCCUUCACCUUCCAGCUGCCAUCCUUGUUCCAGGCCCUAUCUCUUUCCCAAGAACACAUGUCACCAACUUCGCAGUUGCUUCAUCAAUGUUUGUCCACUGGGGCUGGGUACUCUGUCUUUGGCCUCUGUUGUGUCCUUCAUAUGGUUCCAGGUGUGGAAAGGGGAACUGAGAGUCUCCAGUCAGGAGCCAUCUGCAGGGGACAUGAGCCUUGGAAGCCCUGAGGG